AGUGGGGGCAUCGCGAUCCCCGCAAAACCUCGGACGCUUAGAUAAAAGGACUCCGACGUCCUCCCCUGAGGCCUCGUGAGUCCUGGACGCCUGUGUGACCACCCAGUUCACUUUCGAGGUUCCCUCAGCAGCAAUGGCCGACGACGAGAAGGAGGCGGUCCACACGGCUGGCGAACCCCGGACCCAGCAGUCCAGGAAAGCCUCCAUCAGCACCGUGGACAAGAUCAUUGUCAACGCCAAGGCCGCGACGGAGAAAGAGCACACAAUGACCCUGUGGCAGGGCAUCAAGCUGUAUCCCAAGGCCGUGGGGUGGUCGGUCCUAAUCAGCACGUGCAUCGCCAUGGAAGGCUACGACGUGUGUCUCCUGGGCAACUUCUACGGCUUCCCCCAGUUCCAAAGAAAGUACGGCGAGCAGCUUCCGGAUGGCAGUUGGCAGAUUCCCGCGCCGUGGCAGGCUGGGCUGAGCAACGGCAUGAUUGUCGGGGAGAUCAUUGGGCUGUUCAUCAACGGCUGGGCCAGCGAGCGUUUCGGUUAUAGAUAUACCGUCAUGGCGUGCCUGAUUGCCAUUAUUGGGUUCACGGCCAUUUUCUUCACGGCGCAGACUGUGGUCCAUUUGCUGGUGGCUGAGAUCCUGUGCGGGAUCCCCUGGGGUGUCUUCCAGACGUUGACUAUCACCUACGCCUCCGAAGUAUGUCCCGUCGCCCUGCGUGGAUAUCAAGUCACCACAUAUGUCAACUUUUGCUGGGGCCUGGGCCAGGUAAUCGGUAUCGGCGUCAUCAAAGCCAUGCUGUCCAGGGACGACGAAUGGUCCUACCGCAUUCCCUACGCGCUCCAAUGGAUGUGGCCCGUACCCCUUCUGAUAGGCAUUUUCCUCGCUCCCGAAUCUCCAUGGUGGCUUGUGCGCAAAGGCCGCAUCGACGAGGCGAAGAAGGCCCUCCUUCGACUGACUAGCCUGGACCGCGAGACCGACUUCGACGCCGACGAGACCGUCGCCAUGAUGGUGCACACGACGGCGCUGGAGGAGAAAAUCACCGCCGGCGCCAGCUACCUCGACUGUUUCCGCGGCACCGACCUGCGCCGCACCGAAAUCGUCUGCGCGGCUUGGGCCAUCCAGAAUCUCUCCGGUAAUGCCUUCUCGGGAUAUUCGACCUACUUCCUCCAGCAGGCUGGGUUGGACCCCUCCCGGUCGUACGAUUUCGCCCUCGGCCAGUACGGUAUCAACAUGGGCGGUGUGAUUGGCGCGUGGUUCCUCAUGAGUCUCGGCCUAGGACGCCGCACUCUCUAUGUCGGCGGGCUCUGCGGCCUCUGCGUCAUGCUGCUCAUCAUGGGGUUUCUGGGCCUUGUACCGUCCGAGAAUCGCGACAAGGCGGCCCUUGCCACAGGCUCCAUCAUGAUGGUUUGGGCGCUCAUAUACCAGCUCACCGUCGGCACCGUGUGCUAUUCGCUCGUGGCGGAACUGUCGACCCGGAGAUUGCAGAUCAAGACCGUCGUGCUGGGGAGGAAUCUCUACAACGUCGUCGGCAUCAUAUGUGCGGUGCUUUCGCCGUAUAUGCUCAACCCUGGUGCAUGGAACUGGAGUAAUUACACCGGAUUCUUCUGGGGCGGCAUCUGCUUCUUGUGUAUCAUUUAUACGUAUUUUCGACUUCCCGAGCCCAGAGGCCGCACCUUUGCAGAACUGGACAUGCUGUUCGAGAAAGGCGUCAGCGCGCGAAAGUUCGCCAGUACGAGAAUCGAUGUCUUCGAAGAGUCGAGUGUUGAGGACACGGCGACGUUCCACCGGUACGAGGAUGUAGCGCAUGUCGGUGUGGAGAGGGUGGUGGCGGAGAAGGUAUGACAAUGGGGAAGCGCCACUGGUCACCCUAGGCAGAGAGAAUCAGGUGGUCGUACUCAGUGUGCAGUUAAGUUUUGCAAUGCCGGGGUGCGGCUGCGAAGAGGUUCCAGACGUUGCCCGUGGAGUUUGGCUGGAUUGACUGGAUUGACGUUGGAAUCUUUUGCAUGCAUUAUGCCGAAGCGGACGUAAAUGAGAAGUUCUGUAUUAUCCUUGAGUAUGUACAAUAUAGAGCCAAUGAAUCUAAUGCAUCUAAUGCGAC